GUUUUCUUCAUAAAAAUGGCUGAAAUGGAAAAUCUCUCUGCUGUUCUGAAAAAGAAGGGUGAACUGGUGAUGGAGAACACGCCCAUCCCUUUGCCAGGAAAAAAUGAGGUUCAGCUCAAGAUGGCCGCUGUGGGAAUCUGUGGCUCUGACGUCCACUUCCUCGUCAAUGGCCGCAUCGGCGACUUCAUCGUCAAGUCUCCCAUGAUUCUCGGCCACGAGUCUGCAGGGGUCGUCUCUGCUCUUGGUGAAGGGGUCACCAACUUGAAAGUCGGCGAUCGUGUGGCCAUCGAGCCCGGAGUCCCUUGCAGGAUGUGUUCGUUCUGUAAGGAGGGGCGCUACAAUCUCUGCCCUGACGUUUACUUCUGCGCCACUCCACCGGAUGACGGAUCCCUACGUCGCUAUUACUGCCACGCUGCUGAUUUCUGCUUCAAACUCCCUGACCAUGUCUCCUUGGAAGAGGGCGCCCUCUUGGAACCGCUGUCAGUCGGUGUCCAUGCCUGCCGCAGGGCCGGCGUCCGCCUCGGAAGUCGUGUCCUGGUCCUGGGAGCAGGACCUAUCGGAUUGCUGGCUUUGCUGACUGCUAAGGCCAUGGGAGCAACUCACAUUGCCAUCACUGACCUGGACCAGGGUCGUCUGGACAUGGCCAAGAAGCUAGGAGCCCAUCAUGCAUUGCGAGUGGACACUCGAGACGCUGAGGAGAUGGCACGUAGAGUGGAGGCGGCAAUGGGAUGUAAGCCGGAGAUCAGCAUUGAGUGCACUGGAGCAGAACCCAGCAUUCAGACAGGAAUCUAUGCGACCAAGUCUGGUGGUGUCCUGGUUCUUGUUGGUUUGGGCCCACUGACGGUCAAUGUGCCCAUGGUCAGUGCAGCUCUGAGGGAAGUGGACAUCCGUGGCAUCUGGCGAUAUGCCAACUGCUACCCUCUUGCCCUGGAGAUGGUUGCGUCCGGCAAGGUGGAUCCCAAGCCACUGAUAACUCAUCACUUCCCCCUGGAGAAGACACUGGAGGCAUUUGAGACGUCUAGGACCGGGGCAGGAGGAGCCAUCAAGGUCAUGAUCCACUGUGAUCAGUAAGAGAGAGAGAGAGGAAUCACCAUGGCAACUGAAUCCAUAGCAACCAUUCAGAUAUGGAUGAUGUAAAACAACCAUUUAACAAUGUUCAUGGUAACAAAUUUUAAAACAAAUUGCCAUUUGGUCUUGAAUCAUGAGAGAGGAAUCACUAUGGCAACAGAACCUAUAGCAACCAUCCCAAAAUGUUAUUCAGGUGUGAAUGAUGUAAAAUAGAAAUAAAAGUCAUGGUAAACAAUUUUUAAAAAAAAUCUGUAUUUGGUUAUAAAUGAAUCAUGAUGUAGAGUGAGCAAUAAUACAUGUUUGUCAUUGCAUUGUAAUCCUCUGCAGAUAUUGAACCUAGGAAAUCAUAAUGACCACGAUUCAAUGUUGGCUAACAAGAAUAAUUAUAGUGCUUUUUUUAUUGUUUGCGUUCUGUUAACUCAUUUAAGUCUCGCCAUGGUUUCAAAUGUAUGUCUCAAGCAGUUAGGCAUGGAUGGAAUUUUAAUUGCUAUAAUUUGUUCAAUGAAAUACGAGUUGCACAUAAUGCCAUUCAGUUUUUUAUUCGUAAGUGUGAUUUUACUUCAGAUGGGGGACAAUUAAGAAUGUUUUUGUGUUUUCAUGUUUAUAAGUUAGACUCUGUCACAAUAUUGCCAAGUGUAUUUUGGGAAUGUUAUUCCAUUAAAUUUUGCCUAAAGAUAAACUCUAUUUUUUUUUUUAAGGUGUAUACUAUUAUUGUAAUUUUUCAUACCUGAAUUAGUAGAUGAAUAAAGUAAAUUUGCUUAACAAAUUUUGGUAGCGCUAACAUUUAUAUGAAGAGUUGGCUUCUUCAUAAACAAUCAUGCUUUCCUAUAUAUAUUUUUUCAGUUGGGGUAUGUGAUGACUUUGUUGUGAUCCUGGCUUGAUCAAUAGAGAGGGAAUAUGUACUCGGCAAAACAAAACACUCGGUGGUAACAAUUUGGCAUGUAACUAUUAAAAGAAUGUAGUAUCCAGAUGCUACCUCAGCAGUUGUGUACAAAGUC